GCCAAGUUUAAAUGCCAUGUCGGCCCCACUCCAAAACCCAAAAAAAGUUGACUCCAAACAAUUCUCAUCACAAAUUGCAUUUUCUUGGCGUUACAAUAUGAUAUGCCUUAGCUUGGUGGUGAAUGAGCGGAGAAGAUUAGAAUAACCCCCUCCCAAAUUUAACCAGAAAAUAAAAAAAAAUUAUUCCGUUUUUUUUUUUUGUUUUUUUGUUUUUCCGAGGAAGAACAAUAACCUUAUAUUAAAUCAUGUUUCUUUCCAAAUCAAGAUCUGGGAAGAAAUGUCAUCCGUCGAUUCUGUCGAGGACAAAGAUGUGCAGGGGGGAUUCUGCCACGUCGCAGGUUGAUUCGAAGGCUGUGGUUUCGCUCGAAAGAAAGCCUUCCAAGUCCGACGAACAGAACCGGAGCAGUAGAGCCCUGCAAGUCCAAGAAACCUCAGUGUGGGAACUAGAAGAGGAAAUCAAUAUGUUAAGAGAGCAAUUGGGAUGUGCAGAAGCAGAUAGAGACAAAGCUCUUGCUGAUCUUGUGGAGAUUAGACAAUUAAUCAAUGAAUACAAUUACUUGAAAGAUGUUUUGUACAACACACAGAAAGAGCUGAAUGACAAAGACAGAGCUAUGGAGCUGCUGAGAUCGAAACUCGACGAGGCCGAGGCCGAAAGAGAAGAUUCAAAAGAGAGGUUGAGAGAGGCAAUUGCCAAUGCAGAAGCCUCCGAGGCGCGGUCCCGCCAAGCAGUCUCUGAUCUUCGGAUCCGGAUCAAGGAGCUCGAGGAGCAGGCAGAAAACAAAAAAGACCGUGACCCGAAGAUCGAGAGCCUGAGCGAAGAGAUAUCUUCGCUCAGAAAGGAGUUGAAAAGGGCAAAGGAGGAAGAGGAGAAGAGCAGAAAGGCGAUGGAUGGGCUCGCGUCGGCUCUGAAAGAAGUCGCGGGAGAAGCGAUCGAGGCCAAGGAAGACGUGAAGCUGAAACUCGCCGCGACUCAGUCCGAGCUGGACCAAGUGAAGCGGGAGAACGCGAAGUUGAAAGAGAGAACAAAGAGAGGAGAGGAGAAGUGUCUGAAAGAACUAGAAGAGACUAAAAAGGAAAUAGAGGUAUACAAAAACACGGUGGAGAGGUUGAGAUUGGAGGCGGAGGAGGGGCUUUUGGCGUGGAAUGGGAAGGAAAUGGGGUUCGUGAGCUGCAUAAAGAGGGCGGAGGAGGAACGGGACAAUGCGAGUAGGGAAAUCCUUAGGCUGAGAGACCUGUUGAAGCAGGCAAUAAGUGAAGCCAAUGCUGCUAAGGCUGCUGCUAACAUUGCCAUUGAUGAAAACUCGAAGCUCAAAGAUUGCUUGGCUGCUGCUGGGAAAGGUGGCUUAAGAACAUGAAGAUUGGAAGACCCAACUCAGCCCAAAAGAUCGCGUGACUAAGAAAUUAGACACUUAGGG